CCCCUAAUUUGUUCUGGAUAUACCAUGGCGGCACGACGGUGAAGCCAAGGGAAACGAUCGCAAAUUACCAUGGCGGCACUCUCCCAAAAUUCCCAGAAAUGGCUACGCUCAAUCAGUAAGAUAGUUCUCGAUUUCAUUAGAAAUCGCAUUUUAAGGGAGUAAUAUUGGUUCAUUCGCUCAGAUCAAACCUUAUCUGCUCAUUGGCCAAAUUGGUAGCUGCAUUUCAGAUCUGCACUCCCAUAUACUCCACUGCUUCACCUCAAUUUCUCCCAAGUUGCUGGGUGAAGCAGUAUACUUCUCUACAGGAGAAAUCCAAACACAAUGUCAACAGAUGGGGGUGAUAACCACAUUGAUUCAGAGAAUCACAUAGUGGAUGAUAUGGGAUUUCAGAAUCAACACAGUAACAUAACUGAUAAGGAUGAAUCAGGUCUUGCUAAAGAGAAUCCUUUGCACAAUAUUGACCAGUUUAGAAGUGAUGGCAGCGAUGAUCUCAUAAAAAUGGUUGUAGAUCUUAAUUUCCAGAAUGAUUAUUUAAAGUCUCAAAUUUUGGGGUUGAAAGACGCCAAUCUAAGUUCUGCUCCGGGCCAAUUAAAUUAUAUAAUGAAGCACGAUGAUGGCUCAAAUGCUAAUGGCAGAGAGUUUCAUGAAAAGUUGAAACAUUUGGAAAAACAGCUUUUAGAGGAAAGGCAAACCAGGAGUGCCGCAGAGGAAGCUGUCAAGCACCUUCAAACUGUGUACUUAGAAGCUGACACGAAGGUCCAAGAGCUUUCAAAUAAACUUACUGAAGCCCAACAGAAGAUGGAUAAAGAACUAAAAGACCGUGAUGAGAAAUAUUCUGAGCUUGACUCCAAGUUCAACAGGCUUCACAAGCGAGCUAAGCAGCGCAUUCAAGAUGUUCAGAAGGAGAAAGAAGAUCUUGAGGCUCAGUUUCGUGAUGUCAAUGAGAAAGCUGAAAGUGCUUCUUCACAAUUGUCAGCACUGCAGCUAGAACUGGAGCGCAGUAGACAGCAAGCUCAGGAUGCACUUAAAGCAAUGGAUAUGGAGAGGCAACAAUUACGAAGUGCAAACAAUAAGUACUUUCUCGUUAACUCUUGAAACACUGUCCACCUAUGAGUGGUUCUGACAACUGCACACUCUGAUGCUUGUGUGUAUCUUCAGACAAGAAUUGCCAUAGAGGGAAGUACUAGUAAUAAGUUUGUUGGAUGUGUGGGUAGGAGGGUAGACUGGGGACAUAUGUAGCCUGUGUGCCUUCAGUUUUCAUAAACUUUUUUAUCUCUAAUGCACAUGUGAUGUAUUUGAGAUUUUGAUGUUUGUAGGUGUAAAUUCAAAUGUCACGUGUUUAUCUCAACUUUUAUACUGUAUUUUUUAGGUCAAUGUUAUUUUUAAUAGUUCACUCAAGGAAAGAUAAAACAAAAUUUGAAAGGUUUGUUGGAAAGAGAUGAAAUGAUGCUCUCUUCCAAAUAAAUCAGUUCACCAUCAUGUUACAAUUGAAGAAUUUCACAAUGUCAAGUAGAACCACUGUUCUCUAGACUUCAAGCAAAAUGAAGAAUGAAGCUAUAGAGAUGAAAGACAGUAAUGAAUUGGAGAUUGUGCU